UGACAUGAAUUGAACAGAUUGCUGAUAUUUCCUAGAAGUAUGAGGUGGUUAUGUAGUGUUUGCUCCUCCCUAUGGAUGACCAUGUGAUGCAGGUCAAACGCAGAGCUGCCCUCGCCGUGAACAGGGUAGAGAGCAACAAAGAUAGUACAGAGGAGAAGAAGUGUCUUCAAAGGCUCAGAGGCGUUUGGACAUUUUGACUUCUUUGAGUACAGCUCGGGGAAAACAAAAGAGAUAUCUGGUGACUGAGCUCAUGGCGGGAGGUGAUAAUAAACUGUUGGAAAUGUGGAGUAAAGAAGAGAAGGAGUUCUGCAGGGAGAAAGGAAGCGAGUCCCAGCCGAGCAAAACGUUAUCCCACUCAAUCGAAGAAAUCCUGAGGAGGCCGACGUGCAUCAGCAGAGAGAAGAGAGUCCAUCGCACCUGGUCUGUUAUCAAGGCGAACACCAGAACAUCUCCCCAGCUCUCAUGUGCAGAAACUGAAAUGAGACUACUUGAAGACUCUCCAAAAGUCACAACAGAUUGCACGAGUCAGAGGAAGAAGAGGCAAACGAGGGUCACCUUCACGACGUUUCAGGUGCGGGAGCUGGAGAGCGUCUUCCAGCAGACUCACUACCCGGACGUGAGCGCCAGAGACCAUUUGGCCUCUCGCCUGCACCUCACUGAGGGCAGAAUACAGAUUUGGUUCCAGAACCGCCGCGCCAAAUGGAGGAAGACCGAAACACUGAAGGACAUACAGCUGCUCAGUCGACAUCACAUACAGUCCCCGAGUCGGCCCCUGUUUUAUUACAAGCUCUCACAGACGCCCCCCCUGCAGGCCGCGUGCUGGCUGCCCUGCUGCUUACCUAAACCCCUUCAGUCCAGGCGGUUCCUCAGGGCCACAUUAACCCCCGACGUGCUGACUGACCAACAUCCCCCAGAUCACAGGACUCUGUAUUUUGACCCGCUGGGGACGGUCAGAUAGCACCUUCAGUAGUCUUAAAAAAAAAAAACCCAUUGUGUUAUAAGAUUAUAAGAGUGUGUGGUGCUCAAGACUACAUUACAGUUUAGUGUUUAUUGUGUAUAUAGGCCUUGUGUAUAUAGUGUGUACUCAUCAGGAAGUAAAAACAGAUGUGUCAACAACUGGACGUUUUUUCUUUAAGUUGAAUGUUAAACACUUUUAUUCUGA